UUCUUUCCGUCGUCCACUCUCUCUCUCUCACUCACUCCGUCUGAGCGCUACUCACAGUAACGUUGUGGUUUACGCUGUUUGCGAUCAAUUGUACAUCACUGCGAUACUCACGCCUCUGAUAUUCCCUACCCAAAUUCCAUUUCUGCUCUAAUAAAUACCCGCUGAGAUGAAAGGUGCGCGCUUGUCUCCAUUCCCCUUUUCUUCGACUCGAAGUUUUGUUCCGCUUGGUCUCUCAUACAGAUGAAAUUUGCGAGCUUCCCUCCGCCGCGUUCGCCGAUUUCCAUCGACGCCGUUUCCACCAUGCAAAAGCCCAAAUCCGGUGGUGAUCACGACCAUCAAACCCAUUUCAACUCACCAAAAACCAAGCGCAAUAACCAUACGAAACGACCCGUAUUCAAAGUACAAGCAGGGCAGACAGCUUUUCGCCUUGUUUGUUACGCCUCCGUCGUCGGCGGUUUGAUCGGAAACUCUGGCGCCAUCGUGUCCCAGCUCCGGCGAGAGACUUCCUGCAAAAUUCAUUGCAUAGACUCGGUUCCCUCUACGGAUGAUCGGGUCAUUCUCGUGAUAGGCUCGGCGGCGCCAUGUAAAAUUAUAAAAUUGGUCGGUAAUACUCGUGAGGAUGAUGGCUGUGAAACAGAACUUGAGGUUUCGAAUGCUCAAGAAGCUAUUCUUAGGGUUUUUGAGAGGGUUUGGGAAUUGGAGGCCGAGAAAGGUUCUGGUGGUGUUAGCAAGGCAGUGAAUGAGGAGGUAUGGUGUAAGCUGCUGGCGCACACAUCUCAGAUUGGCGCGGUUGUGGGGAAAGGGGGAAAACACAUAACGACGAUGAGAAAUAAUAGCGGCGCUAAAAUAAGGAUUUUGCGUCCUCCACAAUGUGCUGCUAUAAACGAGGAAAUGAUUCAAAUAACUGGUAGAACUUUGGCUGUAAAGAAGGCACUAAUCGCUGUGUCACACUGUCUUCAAGAUUGUCCGCCCCUAGACAAAGUUCUAACAGCAUCCAGCACGCCGACCAUAAGCCCUCCUGAGAAGGCAUCCCAUGUUCCAGAGACUGAACUUUUUCCUCACCUUAAUUCAUGGUUACUCCCUAUGCAAGGGAGAUCGCAAUAUGACACAUCGGAUCAAACAGCAAACGCUAACGGAGAGUCUAGCCCUGCUCCAGAAGGUGGAGAACUUAAAGUUGUGUUCCGAUUACUCUGCUCUAAUAGAAUAGCCGGAAGUAUAAUCGGCAAGAAAGGGGCCAUAGUAAGAGCACUUGAAAGCAAAACAGGUGCUUCCAUUAUCUUUGCACCUCCUUUAAGCAAGUUUGCUGAUCGCAUUGUCACCAUUUCUGCGAUAGAGAGCCUUGGAUCUAGUAACUCUCCUGCACAAGAGGCAGUUAUUCUUGUCUUCGCUAGAAUGAUUGAAGAUCACAUUGGAAAGGGUAUUGUCUCAGUUGGUACCAUGGAAUCACCUGUAGCUAUGAGGCUUUUAAUUGCACCCAGCAUGGUUACUUGCUUGAAUGGCAAUGAAGGUCAGGUGAUUUCAGAAUUGAGAGAAUUAACUGGUGCAGAUAUACAAAUACUGCGUGGAGAGGAGGUUUCAUGCGGUGUUUCAGAUGAUGAUAUGGUUGUACAGAUCGCUGGUGAGUACAGAUGUGUAAUAAAUGCUCUCUAUAAAGUAACUGGUAUUCUUAGGGAUGAUCUCUUUGCCAAUGGGAAAUUAGCUCUUUCAUCAGGGAGACUGCUGCCACAGAAUGAAGGAGCUGGGUCAAUCUCAGAGAAUGAAAAAACCCUCAUGCGUUUAUAUGACAAUUUGGAAGUUGGGAGCAGAGGGAACAAACUUGCUACUGUAACAAAUACUACGGUGGAAAUUGCAGUUUCUGAACAUGUUUUUGGCUCUGUUUAUGGUGAAGAUGGUGGUAAUGUAGAUCGAAUCAGACAGAUUUCUGGUGCGAAUGUUACUGUCUUUGAUCCUUGUGUUGGUGAAACUGGAGGAAAGGUUGUCAUAUCUGGGACACCUGAUCAAACCUUUGCAGCACAGAGCUUGCUUCAGGCCUUCAUCCAAGCCGGAGAAAGAACACCGGCAAGUUAGUCUCUGUCUCUCAAAGCAGCUCAUGGAAGAAAAGGCUGCUAGAUGAUCACCAGUUCUGGGGUUUCAACUUCGUAGGUGACACAAGCAGUGCGUGUUUUUAAAUAUAUUACACCACUACCUUGUGAGUACCGAAUCAUUCAGUACUACUUCUCAUUUAGAUAGUGCUUUGUUGUGAAGUGUUUCCCUGCUAAAAUAGUUUUGGUCUAACUUAUCCCCCCUUCUCUUUUUAAGUUAUAAAAGAAAGAUGAGGAUUAAAUUAAUAGCUAUUUUAUGAGGUUUCUUGUUCAUUA